AUGAAUCAACAUAAUGUUCAUCUUCUUGAUCUACCCAAUGAAAUAUUAUUUCUCAUUUUGAGAAAACUUGCCAAUGUUGAUGUUCUUUAUUCUUUUUUGGGUAUCAACAAUCAACGACUUGAAAUUAUAGCACAACAACAAAUCUUCACUAACGUCCUGAAUUUUGUUUCUAUAUCACAAUCAACUGAUGAGAUUUCUUCAAUUUCUGCUUCAAUACUCGAUCGAUUUUGUAAUUCAAUAUUAUCAAGAAUUUAUAUAAAUGUUAAAUUUCUCAUUCUUGAAUCUGUUUCCAUGGAACGUAUUCUUCGUGUUGCUAACUAUCCUAAUCUUACUGGAAUCAAAAUUUUUAAUUUCAACAAAGCAAUCGUUUCACGUUAUUUCAUGGAUGAUUCUCUCUUUGGACAUAAUUUUAAACAACAAAUUACAGAUCUUGUUCUUGUCAGUAAUGAAAACAAUAUUGAAAUAACACCAAAAGAAUAUACAAAGAAUGUUUAUGCAAUUAUCUUUGUUUUCUUUGAAAAUCUAAAGCAUUUGAGUAUUGUGUCAUCAUCUAUCAAUGAUUAUUCACCUUUGUCAUUAUAUUUUUUACCAUCAAUGACUUGUUCUUGUUCGACACUUGCUAAAUUAUGCAUCAAUGUAUGUGAUUUUAAUGAUGUUCAUGCUUUACUUGAUGGUCGUCUCAAACAAUUAACUACACUCAUCGUUCAAGUUGAUAUUAUUAGCGAUCUGAUAUUAACAUCUUACAACAGAGUGAGUUUAUGUUCUGUGUUAUUAUAG